UGCCCUCCUCUUCGGUCUCCUUCCUGCACCCCUUCCUUCCCCUUUGGCUUUUGGUGGUCUCUCUAUAUUAGCUCGCCGGGCGACCCUGUUCACCGUUCAUCCAUUAAUGGCGGCAUCUUCAGAAGAGGAGACUGACCGGCGACCCAUCCGAAGAGUCCGGUCCAAAAGUGACACCCCUUAUCUGGCCGAGGCCAGGAUCUCCCUGAACCUAGAGACAGCUGAAGAGGUGGAAAGGCUGGCCGCUAUGCGUUCCGAGUCUCUAGUCCCAGGGACCCACACUCCACCAAUCAGACGGAGGAGUAAAUUUGCCACUUUAGGAAGAUUGUUCAAGCCUUGGAAGUGGAGGAAAAAGAAAAGUGAAAAGUUCAAGCAGACAUCUGCAGCUCUGGAAAGGAAGAUAUCUAUGAGACAAAGCAGAGAAGAACUCAUCAAGAGAGGGGUCUUGAAAGAAAUAUAUGACAAAGAUGGCGACUUACAUAAUGAAGACGGAUUGAUGGAGAAUGGCCAAGCUGUUAGCAGCGGCUCCUCAAUGCUUCCCAUCAUAACAGAGCUAGAAUCGACUUCUAUGGCAGGAGAUACUUGUGCAUAUGAAGUGCUUCCAACCUCUGAACUCAUGGAUGGGACAGUAUCUGAAGAUCUGUCGUCUGAGCCAGGAUCACUGUCUCAAGAUCCAUCAUACAAGCCAGCCAUGCUACUGCCCCCAAAAAAAACUGUGGGUUUCCCAGUAGACCAAGAGGACACCCCUGUGAAACAAAUAACACUCCUUAAGCAACCCCCUGCCCUGCCUCCCAAACCUAUAUCCAGAAUUGCCAAUCAUAUAGCAGACUCCGGUGCACCUGUGAAACUGCCUUGUAUGCCAGGGAAAAUGUCUCCUCCACUACCUCCAAAGAAAGUCAUGAUUUGCGUGCCAUUAGGAGGGACAGACUUUCCACAUGGUCCAUAUUCCAGCCAGAAGAGCUCCCAGCAUCAUCAUACUGUGCUACCAUCCCAGUUAGCAGCUCAUCAACAUCAGUUGCAGUAUGGUAGCCAGCAUUUGUCUACAGGAUCCAGCUCCAUACCCAUUCACCCAUCCAUUCCUCCUGGGUGCCGAGUGAUUGAAGAGCUGAAUAAGACACUCGCCAUGACAAUGCAGAGGUUGGAAAGCUCUGGUUUGCACGGAGGGGAGAGUAUGACCAAAUCAGGACUCAGCGGCUAUUCCGACAUGAGACAAGUGCCAACAGUUGUUAUUGAAUGUGAAGAUGACAAGGAAAAUGUGCCUCAUGAGACAAGCUAUGAUGACGCUUCGUGCCUCUACUCUAGAGAGGACGAUGAAGAUGAUGAUGAAGAUGAUGAUGAAGAUGAUGAUAGCUCACUAUACACAAAUUCUCUGGCAUUAAAGGUCUUACGAAAAGAUUCAUUGGCAAUAAAGUUAAGCAACAGACCCUCCAAGAGAGAACUGGAAGAAAAGAAUAUCCUUCCCAUGCAGACGGAUGAAGAGAGGCUGGAAACAAGGCAACAGAUUGGGACCAAGCUUACAAGGCGGUUAAGCCAAAGGCCAACAGCAGAAGAGCUGGAACAAAGAAAUAUCCUUAAACCUCGAAAUGAGCAAGAGGAACAAGAAGAAAAGCGAGAGAUUAAGAGAAGACUGACACGCAAGCUUAGUCAAAGGCCCACAGUGGAAGAACUACGAGAGAAAAAAAUCCUUAUACGUUUCAGCGAUUAUGUGGAGGUGGCAGAUGCACAGGACUACGAUAGAAGAGCAGACAAACCAUGGACUCGACUAACAGCCGCUGACAAAGCAGCUAUUCGUAAAGAACUUAAUGAGUUCAAAAGUACAGAAAUGGAAGUCCAUGAAUUAAGUAGGCAUUUAACAAGGUUUCACAGGCCCUAGCAUUCAGUUCAGUACUUGAAUACUUACCUAUUGAAAAAAGGGAACCACAAGUGCUGGUAUACUUCAUUUCUCUUUUACUUAAAUGUAAAUCUUCAGAACUGCCUUCUUUUAUCAAGAGAAGAAAAACAGCGUUUGCAUACUCUACAUUGAUGACCCCCAUCUUCACUAAACCUUCAGGAACUGAAGGGGUGUCUAAUGGAUCGUGUCAUCAGCCAGCCUGUGGAUCUGUCUUGUCUGUACGAACUCAGCAGAUGUUGUUCUUCCUCGCAUCUUUGGACAUCAGCAUCUCUUGUCUCGCUGUUGUUUGUGAUUCAAAGGAUAGAACAUGCAAAAGAUUCCAGAGCUGAUUAAGUAAAACAGACCUGUGAAGCUUACAUCAGCCGUGAUGCAUCAAAGCCAAAUCUACGUAGGCUUGUUAGUAAGCAAAAAGAGAGAGAACGUUGCACUAGUUUUCCUCUGUGAAGCAUUCCUGGUUUAUAAGGGUCACAUCUUCCAUGCCUGUGACUGGUUGUUGAUUUUUCAGCACAUUGUGUCAAAUGGAAUAUGUGAAAGCCUGUCAAAAAAACCGAGAGGGUUGAGCAAAUGUGGCUGAAAGGGCAAAUGUUAAUGUAGCUUUGAGACAUUUGUCACCAACCUCCUUCAAUUUCUCAUCUUCUCAGUGGUAGAGUAAUCAGGGUCAGUGAAUUAAAACUCAUGUCAAGCACUCAUUGAACAGAUACUUCAGAGCUGCAAAUCAUACGUCAGACUAAUGUGGCCCCAGUCCCAUUACCGGAAGUCUGCAGAACUCUGUAUAUGAUUAUUUAACCUGUACUGUGCAUUUCAUCGUCUCUCCAUAUAACAGUCUUGCUUAUUCUGGGGCCACUCCUUUGCUUUUUUUUCUCAUAAGCAUACUGUAUGUUUGUAUCAAAGGGGCAGACUUGUCCUGUGAUCUUUUCAUACCAGCCUCCUUACAUUUCUGUUCUUCAGGUUCUGAUUGUGUCAGUCUUUGGGAAUUUCAUGUCAUUAUAUUGUGCCUGUUCUGUGACCGUUAAGAAGCAUGGCUCCUAUGAUGAUCAGUGGUGCUUUUAUACACACCUUUCUGUCUGGUAGAGUUCAACGCUGAAAUUCUAUCGGCAAGAGAAAGAAAAGCAAUAGUCACUGAGCCUGUCCGGAUUAGAUGGAAUAACAGGGAGAUUUCUCUACCUUCUAUUAAUGCCAACACAUGAGCCACAACUUGGGGUCUCUUAUUUAUUUCUUUGGAAAUAAAUAGAAUUUCCUGUUCUUCCAUUACCUUUAAUUUCAUUGCCAUAAUUGUUUUAACAAUGAGCCUUGAUUCAGUGAAAGGCACGGUCAUUUAAGGAACCAACCACCGUUUGUGUUAAAAAAUUAAAGUGCCACUAAAAAUAAUAUUGUGGUGUUGCAGGGUAUAUAGAUCCAGGUUAGAAGAUGAGGUUUAAGCAAAAAGAAUAAUAUUUUAACAAAAUAAAAAGCCUCCAGGGAAUAUAUUCAUUGAUAAACUCAUUGCAUUCUUCACAGAUGAAUGCGAAUGCUAAUACAAAAUGGCAGGUUGGACAAUAUUUCAAAAAGUGUGCGUGUGUGAGAAUUUCCAGUGUGUGUUUAGUGAUGUUCAUUUCUGUGUUGUGUGCUUUGGAAAACAAAUGCAGGUUGCUAUUUAUUGCCCCUCAGAUUCCUAGUGUUAGUACUGCAGGAACAGACACCAGUUAUGAACCGGCCCUCGUCGCAUUUUGCACUUGUGUGUAUGUAAUGGCGGCUGACUAGGGCUGCUGCUGCCACAUAAAACUAUAUUUAGCCGAAACCUUUUAUCUUAUGGAACCAAACAUUUCAACGUGGCUGCUCUGAUAUUGUUUGAACUCGAGUUUUGUUUGGAAAAGAGCCCAACUAUUAUAUUAGUGACAUUAUGAACUGACUGCUUAGGCCAGGGCUCUUCCACUGAAGGCUUUAGGCCAGGGGUGGCCAGACUUUGUCCCCGGGAGAUCCACUUUUGACUCCUCCCUCAAGACGCACGUCGCCUACGUAAGCAUUUCCAUUAAACGCGCUGCACUUCCGUAUCCCCAGGCUUUGACGCAGUCUGCCCGAAAUUCACGGGGGAUCGACUUGUGGACCGCGAUCGAUGUAUUGGCCACCCCUGCUUUAGGCUGUGGCUGGACUAGUGGUAUUGCUGUGAGGUGCUUGAAGUGCUAGUUCAGAGAUAGCUGCAGAAUUCUAGGUGAAACAACAAUGGUUCUGAGCGCACCCCUAGAUUCGUAGGGGGAAAAGUUAUUUAUUAAACCUGCUUUUGUAAAUCUGAGCCCUACUUGUAUUCAUGUAAAAAUCUGGUAUUUUGAGAUAAUAAUGGUAAUAUUGUUCCACCUGCUUCGGAAUAAGUGAUGGGGUGGGAAAGAGGUGGUUUAGCACAAAUAAAGAAUAAUAAAGCUGAUAGGUAUCAUACCCAAGCGAUAUACAUGCUAUUUCCAGUCUGUGCUCGGGGUGUCACAGAAUUCUACUCUCUGGGUAGAACUAAGGAAAAUGAAACUAAAUGAAAGGAUGAUGUGUGUUUAUUCAUUCUAGUACCUUCUGCCUUUUGGAUAUCAUAUGAGCGGACACUUACUGGGGAAGCAGCAGGUCAGUAACGAGCUGAGAUGUACCAACACUAAAAUUUGGACUGUGUAACAGGAAUGUCAGCCAGGAAUGAUAAGGUUAAGCAGAUAAGUGUCUCUCUGACCAAGAAUAAACAGAGUAAAGGCUUCUGUAGAUUGCUUCUGUAGGACUCUGGUAGAACUGGGUAAAGGCAGGAAGCAAGCCUGACCUGGUUACAAUUAGUUUGAUCCCUAAAUUCAAUUCCGUCUUGCUAGCACACUUAAAUAUAUGAGAAAUGCUGUUCUAUUUGCAGCAAGCAGAAAAAAAGGCUGAUAUGUCCAGCUGGUUUAAUUCCUUUACACCCAUGAGCGCUCCUUUGUUUAUAAUUUGCAUUUCAGUGUAGAAAUCUGUGAUAAAUAUACCAGGCAGCAAGGGACUUUAAUCAUAAAAAUAUGGAUGGUCACACAGAUUGCUUACCAACAGAUGCUUCUCUUGGUACCUCAUGCCUUCCUUGGCUUGGCAGGGACAAUUUUUGAACUUCCAGUAUCAAAUACUCAAAUUGAUAAAUGUCCCUGUUGUUGGGUAAGCAAACAGAAGAAGUACCUGCCUUUUUUACCCCCCCCCCUAACUUUGUGCUCUAGUCACAUGCCUCUUCUGCCUACCCCUAGUCCCUGCCCUGGCUGUCACACUAUAUACUACAAAAGGCUACACAAUAUCAUUAUUGCUUGGAUGCAAUUUUGCUAAGUUUAAUAUUGAGCCUUCAUAACCCCUGUUAUUGCAUUUAGUGGAUUUAGCCACUAGUUCAAUUCUGUCUCUAAACUGAGCCAUGUGUUUUCCUAAUAUUUCUCUGUAAUGUUACAUAUUUUUAAAUAUAGCAGGGAGUGGUGUGAUUAUAAUAGAUGCCUAAGGAAAUGUCUGAGCACCUAAACUUGUUUUUUUUCUUUAUUAGAAAGGCAAGUUUAUUUGGCACUGGUGUGUAGUUGUGAGCAGAUUGUGUAACCUUGGGAAUAACCUUGAUGCUAGAGGUUACACAGAAGAAAGGGUACUUUUUCCACACUAGCCCCUACCAUUCCUCUGCUGUUUAAAUACAUUUAAUACGUAAAGGGCAAUAAGAAUUACAAAAUCUUUUUGUAGCCUCAAAUUCAGUGUUGAGCAAGCACUGCAGGGAGGAUGGUGGCUACAGUCUGCCCGUGAGUAGCCCGAAGUGGACAUUUUGGGAAACUGAUGAAUCCAUUAUCCUGUAGGUGUGGGUUGCUUUUAAGUGAGGCACAAGAUGAGCAAACUUCCGUAUGAGUGACUGAUGGGAGGGUUUUAUUGUCAUUGUUCAUUUUAAGGUCACUAUUUUUAUUUGUAUCGAUUUGUGUUUUACUAAGGGAGACAUGAAGCACUUAUAUGUUCUGCGGAGGUAAGCUGGAUGAACUAUUUCAGUGAAUAAAGAAUAAUCUAUA